AUGGCGCAACAAGAUAAUCAACUGGACAGAGAAAGAUUCUGCUGUUCGAUCUGUUUGGAUUUACUGAAGGAUCCGGUGACUAUUGGCUGUGGACACAGCUUCUGUAUGAGCUGUAUUAUUACCAUCUGGGACCAUGAGGAUUGGAGGGGAAGCUGCAGCUGCCCUGAGUGUAGACAGACCUUCACACUAAGGCCUGUCCUGGUGAAAAACUUUCUGUUAGCUUAUUUAGUGGAGGAGCUGAAGAAGACUGGGCUCCAAGCUGCUCCUGCUGAUCACUGCUAUGCUGGACUUGAAGAUGUCGCAUCUGCAACAGAAAGGACUGAGAGGCAGCAGAGACUCCAGGACAGAGAGAAAGAUGUGAAGCUGCUUCAACAGGAGGAAGAGGCCGUCAACGGCAUUGCUGAUAAAGCAGUGGAGGACAGUGAGAAGAUCUUCACUGAACUGAACCGUCUGGUGGAGAAAAGAAGCUCUGACGUGAAGCUGCAGAUCAGAUCCCAGCAGGAAAGGGGAUUGAGUCGAGUCAGAGAGCUUCGGGGGAGACUGGAGCAGGAGAUCACUGAGCUGAAGAGGAAAGACGAUGAACUGAAGCAGCCCUCACACACACAGGAUCACAACCAGUUUCUACACAACUACCCCUCACUGUCACCACUCAUUGAAUCUAUGCAUUCAUCCAGAAUUAGGAUCCGUCCUCUGAGGUACUCUGUGGACGUGACAGCAGCUGUGUCACAGGUCAGAGGUCGACUACAUGACAUUCUGACUGAGACAGAGGCAAAGAUUUUACAGAUUGUGCCACAAGUGGAUGUUUUACUGCUACAAAAAGAGCCCAAGACCACAGCUGACUUUUUAAAAUAUUCAAAGGAAAUCACACUGGAUCCAAAUACAGCAAACAUGCACAUCUUAUUAUCUGAGGGAAACAGAAGUGUAGCAUUAAUGAGAGAAAAACAGACUAAUUCUUAUAACCCAGACAGAUUCACUUAUUGGGAUCAGGCCCUGAGUAGAGAAAGUCUGACUGGAUGUUGUUACUGGGAGGUGGGAAUGGAGUGGUCAGGAGGAGUUGAAAUAGCAGUCGCUUACAAGAAUAUCAGAAGAGCAGGGAGGUCAAUUGAAUGUGGAUUUGGAUACAAUGAUAAAUCUUGGUCGUUACAUUGUGUUGGAAACAGAUAUUACUUUUGUUACAACAGCAUCAAGACUCGAGUGUCAGGUCCUGUGUCCUCCAGGGUAGGAGUGUACCUGGAUCACGGUGCAGGUGUUCUGUCCUUCCACAGCGUCUCUAAAACCAUGGUGACUCUCCUCCACAGAGUCCACACCACAUUCACUGAGCCUCUCUAUGCUGGAGUUGGGGUUUCUUAUGGAAACACAGCUAAGUUGUGUAGUCUCAAAUAG